AUGAAUGUAACUAUAAACAAGGAGACUCAAGGAAUAGCUCUAUAUAAUUCCAAGUACAAACCCGUUAUUACAACAUGUCCAGGUUAUGAGUCUUCCUUUGCAACAAUUGAGAUUUGUGAAAUAAAGGUGAUGGGUUGCCAGUCUAAACAAUUUGGGAAAAUUUGCACACUCUGUAAUCCAAAAUGUCGUAAUGGACAAUGUGAAAUUUCUGAUGGGUCGUGUAUUGCUGGCUGCAGUGACAAUGUCAUUCAAUCAGAGGAUUGCUCAGAAUGCAAAAAUGGAUUUUAUGGGACAGACUGUACACAGAAAUGUGGAUUCUGUACAGUUGGUACGUUCUGUAAUAAGACAAGUGGAAUUUGUCCAGAUGGAUGUCAGGGCAAUUGGAAAGACUCAAAAUGUUUAGAUUGCAAAAACGGAUUUUACGGUGAAGCCUGUGAAUUCAACUGUGGUAAAUGUAGCACGGGGACCUUCUGUAAUAACAUAACAGGACUGUGUCCAAAAGGGUGUGAAGAUCAUUGGAAUGGUUCUAAGUGUCAAGAAGAUGAAGAAGAGGAUACGACAACCAGGAUAAGGCAGAUUCAAUCUUCCUUGAGACGGUUAAAGGACUUUGGUGCUAAAUUAGAAGAAUCGAUGAAAGAAUUUUCCAUUGCCUUGGAAGCAAAACAAGACAAUGAGUCUGAAAUUGAAAAGUUUACAGAAGACAGUGAGAAGUUGUUUGAAUUGCUCACAGAUGUUACAGAGCGCUCAGAAGAACUUCUACUUUUGGAAAAAAGAUUGGAGCAAGCGGACAUACCAUAUAUGAAAACUGAAGCACCAAAUGACCCACGAAUCGACCACAUGAUAGAUCUGCAGACAAAAAAUGCAGGAACAACUGAUGCAUUUCCAAGAACUCCAAAUUCAGGAACUGCACAGAAAAGAGAAGAUAUGCAAAGAGAAAGAAACUCCAGUAGUUAA